GCUAGGUUGUUUGUUGGUGGGUCAUCCACGGUGUCAUGUCUUUCUGUUGAAUGUAAAUCGAAACCGCUUCUCUGUCUCUUUCUCUAUCCUCGUCAAAUCUCCCCACGAUCCUAUCCAAUCUAAUCCUUAACGUCACAAUCACCCUCCUCUUCCGCCCUCCUUUCCGCUAUACACCUUCCCCUAUUCUAUGAUUUUCUCUUUUUUUGUCAUAUAAUUUCUUAUACCCCACAACACCAUCGAUAACCCUUUGCUUUUUUCUCAACUGGGUUUAACAAAUUUUCCGCUAAUUUUUAUUGGGUCAUCCCAAAGUUUUAAACUUUAUUAAUAAUGGUGACGAAGAAUCUGGGGAUGCUUCAUUAUGUAUUAGAUCAUGUUUAUGGAGCAUUCAUGCAUAGAACUAAGAUCAGUACUCCGUUUUUCUCAAGAGGAUGGGGAGGUACAAAACUAGAUAUGCUUGAGAAGAUGAUCAACCAGUUGUUCCCUGUUUUGGGGGCACAGAAUUGGCCUCCUGUUGAGAUUCAACCCGUUUGGAAAACUGUUUGGGAGACUAGAACGGCUUGUUUGAGAGAAGGGGUUUUCAGAACACCUUGUGAGGAUCAACUUCUUGGUGCAUUGCCACCUGAGAGUCACAUUGCAAGGGUUGCUUUUCUCAUGCCAAAGAGUGUUCCGACUCAUAGAAUGUCUUGUGUUGUUCAUCUUGCAGGAACUGGUGACCAUACAUUUGAAAGAAGACUGCGUCUUGGUGGUCCAUUGGUUAAGGAAAACAUCGCAACCAUGGUGCUUGAGAGUCCAUUCUAUGGUCAAAGACGUCCUAUGCUGCAGCGCGGUGCAAAACUUUUGUGUGUAAGUGACUUGCUUAUAUUAGGAAGAGCAACUAUCGAAGAGGCGCGCAGUCUCUUACACUGGUUGGACUCUGAGGCUGGUUUCGGCAAAAUGGGUGUCUGCGGUCUUAGUAUGGGAGGAGUACAUGCCGCAAUGGUUGGAUCACUCCACCCGACACCUGUUGCAACACUCCCUUUUCUCUCACCACAUUCGGCGGUUGUGGCAUUCUGUGAGGGGAUUUUAAAGCACGGCACUGCAUGGGAAGCACUGAGAAAUGACCUUGCAACCGAGAAAGUUGCAAUGACUCUCGAGGAGGUAAGAGAACGGAUGAGAAACGUGUUGUCGCUCACAGAUGUCACACGCUUCCCAAUUCCUAAAAACCCCGACGCUGUAAUCCUUGUCUCCGCGACUGAUGAUGGAUACAUUCCGAAACACUCGGUCCUAGAACUGCAGAAAGCCUGGCCAGGUUCUGAAGUAAGAUGGGUCACAGGCGGGCAUGUCUCGUCCUUCCUUCUCCAUAAUGACGAGUUUCGAAGAGCCAUUGUUGACGGCCUUGAUAGAUUACCAUGGAAAGAAUCUCCAUUGUAAUAAUAGAGUUAUAGAGUUAUUGCGGGCGAAGAAGCUAUUUAUUCUGUACCAUUAAUUGAUUGAUCUCGUGGUUUUCCCUCCUAUACUCAUCAAAUCAAAGCUUGUAACAUGCAUAGUUCAUCCCUCUGAACUCCUUCCCCAAAUGAAAAGGGAAAGUCUGUACAUUAUCAUCUAGAACAUGUAGAUUAAUGUUGUUUUUGAAUAAGAUAAAGUGGAUGGGAAUUCUUAUGUCCUUAUAAAAAAAAUCCAUUACUUGAGCUA